UGAUGAUGUGGUCAAAGAUUUUUCUGAGUGUGCUUGUCUUUCAUUUGACUUCUGCAAAGUCUCAUGGGCCUCAAUAUGUCCUGGUGGUCCCUUCGGUGCUGCAGAGCAUCUCUCCGCAGAGACUGUGUGUACAGCUGUACAACCUCAGUGAGCCACUGUCCCUGAAUGUUCACUUGGAAUAUCAUGACAUCAAGACCACGCUGUUUGAGGAAUCUGUGACAGAAAAUAAUUUCUUCCAAUGCAGAGAGUUCGAGGCUCCUCUUGCCACCUCUGACCCUUUGGCUUUCAUCACUUUCUCUGCCAAAGGCCACACCGUCCACCUGUCAGAGAGAAGGUCGGUGGCAAUUGAGAAUGUGGACGGCGUUGUCUUCAUCCAGACGGACAAACCCAUUUACAAACCUGGACAGACAGUGAUGUUCCGAGUUGUCUCUUUGGAUAACAGUUUCAAACCUGUUCAGGAGACGUAUCCCCUGAUCAUCCUUCAGGACCCCCAGCGCAAUCGGAUCUUUCAGUGGCUGGAUGUAACAUCCAAGAUUGCCAUUGUCCAACUCUCAUUCCCGUUAAUCCAAGAGCCAAUCCUGGGGAGUUAUGAAAUCAUCGUUGAAAAGAAGUCAGGUGACAAAACGUAUCAUUGGUUCACUGUGGAGGAAUAUGUGUUGCCAAAGUUUGAAGUGACGAUCAACGCACCAAAGAGGAUAUCUUUCUUGGAUCAAGAACUCAAAGUGAAUGUUUGUGCUGUCUACACCUAUGGCCAGCCUGUGCAGGGGAGAGUCCAGCUCAGUGUGUGCAGGAAGCACUAUAACGACAAGUGUAACGAGACCCCCAAAGGAUUCUGUGAAGCUGUCACUGCACAACUGGGGAAGGAUGGCUGCAUCACGAAGGUCAUCAACACCAAAACAUUCAAGCUUUAUCAUCCCAGGAUGUCCUGGUCCCUUGAAGUGGAGGCGAUCCUCACAGAGGACGGAACAGGCGUGCAGAUUAUAGGCACUGACUACAUUUCCAUCUACCAGGCAAGGGAGAGAAUGUGGUUUAAGAAUAUGGACACGUACUACAAAAGGGGAAUUCCUUACUAUGGAGAGAUUCAGAUGGAAAACGAGGAUGGCAUCCCUGUUGCAAAUGAGACCAUCAAGCUACAGCUCAAUGAGAAGCAUGUGGCUGACUAUAUCACAAACGAGAAUGGCACUGCUCGGUUUUCCAUUGACACCUCCGAAUACUUUGAGCCCAGUUUUAAGUUGAGAGCCACAUAUGCAAUAGAUGACUGUAGAGACCUUGUCUGGAUGGACACUUACGAACCUGAGACGACCUACUACGUCCAGCGCUUCUACUCCCGCACUAAUAGCUUUGUGAAGCUCGAGCAGGUCCCAGAGAUGCUGAGCUGUGGCCAGCAGAGGAGGAUCAUGGUGCACUACAUUUUGAACAAAGAGGGAUACAAGGAUGCCACCAGUGUGAACUUCUACUAUAUGGUGUUGGCAAAAGGCAAAAUUGUUCUGAAUGGCCAACAGCAAGUCAGCAUCACAGGUGCUCCUUAUGGCACAUUCUUCAUCCCGCUGACUGGCAGUGAGAAGCUGGCUCCUACUGCCAAGAUACUGGUCUACACUGUGCACCCUGGUGGCGAGCUGGUGGCCGAUAGCACCAGACUCCAGAUUGAGAAGUGCUUAAAGAACAAGGUCCAGCUGCAGUUCUCCAAGAAUCAGGGCCUCCCAGGCUCUAACGUCAGCCUCCACCUUGAGGCUGCCGCCAACUCCUACUGCGCCCUGCGGGCUGUGGAUCAGAGUGUCCUGCUCCUGAGACCUGAGCAAGAGCUGUCUGCUGACACUGUAUACAAUCAGCUCCGUGUGCAAGAGUAUUAUGGCUAUUACUACAACGGGCUCAACCUGGAAGAUGACGACAAAGAGCCGUGCAUCCCAGUCACAGACACCUUUUUCAAUGGCUUAUACUAUGUGCCUGUGAACGUUACUCAUGAUGGGGACGUCUAUGGUGUUUUCAGGAAUAUGGGUCUAAAGGUUUUUACUAAUUCUACAAUACGGAAGCCGGUCCUGUGCUUGCGAAGGCUUGUGCGCCUACGGUGGGUUGUGGAGCACCCAUACGGAACCACAGCGUUGGUAGACUCGGGGAAGUGCGAUCACAUACCUGAAAACUGCUAUCAUGUCCCCUCUCAUGGUCCGGUGGAGACAGUUCGAAAGUAUUUCCCAGAGACAUGGAUUUGGGAUUUAGUGCCUUUGACCUCCAACAGAAGUGCUGAAUUGCCCUUGACAAUCCCUGAUACCAUCACAGAAUGGAAAGCUAAUGCAUUCUGCACCUCAAGUGACACUGGCUUUGGCCUGUCCCGAACCGUGUCCCUCAGAGCCUUCCAACCCUUCUUCGUGGAGCUCACCCUGCCCUACUCCGUGGUGCGUGGCGAGGCCUUCACGCUAAAGGCCGCUGUCUUCAAUUACCUGACCCGCUGCAUCAGGGUCAGCAUCUCACUGGCUUCAUCUGCCGACUUCCGAGCUACCCCUGUGGAGAAGGAAGAGGACUCUUAUUGUCUCUGCGUGAAUGGAAGAAAAACGGUGUCCUGGGCUGUGACCCCAAUAUCUCUGGGUAAUGUGAAUUUCUCUGUGAGUGCAGAGGCCCUGAAGACGGAGCUGCCCUGUGGGAACGAGGUAGCAGUGCUCCCUAAGACAGGGCAGAAGGAUACAGUGAUCAAACAGCUGUUAGUGGAGCCUGAAGGGAUUGAGACGGAAGCAACCUUCAACUCUCUGCUCUGUGCAAAUGGAAAUUCAGAAGCAGGGAAGAUUUCCCUGAAGCUUCCACUGAACGUGGUGCAGGGCUCAGCCAGAGCCUAUGUGACAGUGCUGGGCGAUAUCCUGGGCACAGCCAUGCAGAACCUGCAGCAGCUCCUCCAGAUGCCCUUCGGCUGCGGGGAGCAGAACAUGGUCCUGUUUGCCCCCAACAUCUACGUCCUGGACUAUCUGAAUAAGACGGGGCAGCUGAGCGAGGAGACCAAAUCCAAGGCCAUCGGAUACUUAGUCAGUGGUUAUCAGAGGCAGCUGAAUUACAAGCACCUGGAUGGCUCUUACAGCACAUUUGGGGAGCAUUACAGGCAGCCAGGGAAUACCUGGCUGACGGCCUUCGUCCUCAAGUCCUUUGCGCAGGCCCGCUCUCACAUCUUCAUCGAGGAGAAGCACAUCCAGGACGCCCUGGCCUGGCUCGCUGGCAAGCAGAAGGACAACGGCUGCUUCCGCAGCUCCGGGACGCUCCUGAACAAUGCCAUUAAGGGCGGGGUGGACGAUGAGGUCACGCUCUCUACCUACAUCACCAUCGCGCUGCUAGAGAUUCCUCUGCCCAUCACUCACUCUGUGGUCCGUAGUGCUUUAUUCUGCCUGGAAACAGCCAUGGAGCAGGGAGGAAGCCACGUGUACACAAAGGCACUGAUGGCCUACGCCUUCACUCUGGCAGGGAAGGAGGAGAAGCACAGGGCACUGCUGGACUCGCUUGAUAAGGAAGCUGUGAAAGAGGAUGGCUCCGUUCACUGGCAGAGGCCCGGGAAGCAGCCAGAGGCAGAUCUCCCGUUCUAUCACCCCCGUGCUCCCUCCGCCGAGGUGGAGAUGACGUCCUACGUGCUCCUCGCUUACCUCCCCACGCGGCCGGCACCAUCCCAAGAAGACCUGUCAUUAGCAGCUCAAAUUGCAAAGUGGAUCAGCAAGCAGCAGAAUCCCAACGGGGGCUUUUCCUCCACCCAGGACACAGUGGUGGCACUCCAGGCCCUGUCCCGAUACGGAGCCUCUACUUACACCAAGAGCGGAGGAGCAUCCACAGUGACCCUGCAAUCCACAGGGAACUUUCAGACCCAGUUCCAGGUGGAUCACACGAACCGUCUGCUGCUCCAGCGUAUGGCACUGCCAGAGGUGCCAGGGGACUACAGCAUGGGGGUGACAGGAGAAGGAUGUGUCUACGUGCAGACCAGCCUGAGGUACAACGUGCUCCCCAAGCCGGAAGAGGCACCAUUCGCGCUGGAGGUGCACACGGUCCCCGAGACAUGUGAGAGCCCCCAGGUCCACAGGACUUUUAGCAUUGCCAUAAACAUCAGUUAUACAGGGAAACGCCCCAUUUCCAACAUGGUCAUUGUUGAUGUUAAGAUGCUGUCAGGAUUCAUCCCUGUGAAGUCAUCAGUGAGGAAGCUGGAAGGACAUCACCACAUCCACCGCACAGAACUGAGCACCAACCACGUGCUGCUCUACAUGGAGCAGGUGAGCAAUGUGACUCAGAGCUUCUCCUUCGCGGUGGAACAGGACUUCCCCGUGCAGAGCCUGAAGCCAGCGGCGGUGAAAGUCUAUGAUUACUAUGAGACAGAUGAAUUUGCCAUUGCUGAGUACAGCGCCCCCUGCAGCAAAGCCAAUGUUGAGCAGGAAAAUGCGUGAGUGAUGGAGCUGUAUUCUGGGCCCUGCUGAAUCCUCUCUGCUCAUCUCUGCAUGCAGCAAUUCCCCCAGGCGAAGUGGUUUGAUAUAGUGGUGAGGAAAACCCCUCAGCACCAUAUAAUUAAUGUUAUAAAUAAAUUGUCAUGAUUCUG